GUACGUGCUCUAUGGGCGUUCAUUGAAACAAAAACAAAACAUUGAAUUGCAAAAUUUUGUGAAAUAAAAUAAAUUUCUUGGCUGUAAAUCGCAGUAAUCGUCGCAAAAAGUGUCAAAAACGGAUUUUAACAAAAUGUCUGAUCAAAUUUUUGGUUGGGAGCUGACUUACAAAAGCGUCGAGUCAUCCUUAGAAAGCAGCACCGACGUCAUAAUCACGUUCAUUCACUUUAUCUUGUUGAAAAACAAAUUCAAAUGCAUCGGAAUCGGCGACGACAAAACUCUCACAGAAGCUGACAAGGCGGCGCAAAGCGAAUUACUGCCCGACGGAUGGAAUCACAUGGGCGGCAUUUACAAAUUACGCUACACCUGCAACGACAAACUCUACAUUUUGCAAGCGAUGCUCUCCGAGGAUCUCUUCAUUGCCAAUCUCCUGGAUGCCGAAACGCUGAAUUUGUCAAACGUUGCUCUGGUUGUACGCGACACCGUGACGGAGGAAAAUCGAACAGCAGCAAAUGCGAUAAAAUCACCGAGCGAAAUUCUCGAUCGCAUCACGAAGGAAUUAGUCGAGCCCGUGUUCAAAGGCACGCAAUCGAGCACGCAAACACAAACGGAGCCACGACGAGACCCGUUGCUUGCUGAUCCGCUUCGUGUUGGACCGUCGCGACAACCGAAUCCCUUGUUAGACGUCAAUCCAAGUUUUCCCGGUAUCGGGCGCGGGGAUUUAGAUCCCUUCGGAAGAGGCGGCGGAAUGUUGUUCGAUCCGCGAAGUGAUUUGGGUCCAUUAGGUCCGUUUGGGCCACGACGCCCGGGAAGUAAUCCGAUGCCUGGAGCGCCGCCGGGAUCGCGUUUUGAUCCGUUUGGUCCGCCGAGACCUGAUCGAUUCGAGCCAAAUCCAGAUCAUUUUAGACCUCCGGGAUAUGAUGAUAUGUUCAUGUAAAAAUUCAAGAGAAAGAAAAAGAAAAAUUGGAGAAAAUGUAUCCUUAUAGAUUUAAUUAAAAGUUUUUUCUAACAAAUUUUAAUGAUUUUUAAUGAAAAAAAGGCUUCUUAAUUA